GAGCGGAGUGCUCCUUUGGGCUUUGGCGUUGCCUGCUUCUGCUUCUGCUUCCUCCCUCUCGUUGCCAUAUAAGAUUCCAAGCUUCCCCGGCCGUCGAACCUACUGCCAUUAAAGUCGGCAAGCGGCGGGCCGGCGGCAGCAGCGCAGCCCUCCCACCCUGAAACCAGGGGAAACCGAACCACCACGGUCAGCGCUCUAUCUGCAUCCAUCUCUCCGGCCACACCCACUGACCAACCACACCACACCACAGCAGAGGGAGAGGCUCCCCCGCGUCGAGAUGCUUUACAUGGUGUAGCCGGCAAGAACCUUCCCUGUUCCCUCCCUGGCGCAAAGGGGUUCCCUUUAAAUUCCUUCAAGAGGGGAUUGUCCCCUUUCCCCUGCAUUUUCCUUCCGGCUGCAAGCUUUCUCUUGCCUGGCCACCCGGGCUGUCCUUCUUGUUGAUUCUUGGCCUCGUUGAUUUCGCGGAAUGGCGGCGGGGCUUCUGCUCAAGAUGGUCGGCUUCUGCGUGUGGGCGCUCUUCUGGCUCGCCGGCUCCGCCACCGUGAGCACGAGCACCACCGCCUUCGCCGGCAGCGAGGCGGUGGUCGUGGACGCGCGGUCCGCCAUCGCCGUCACUGACGACGAUUUCGUCUGCGCCACAUUGGACUGGUGGCCGCCGGAGAAGUGCGACUACGGAACCUGCAGCUGGGGCCUCGACUCCCUCCUCAACCUGAAUCUCUCUAACAAAAUCCUGAUGAAUGCCGUCAAAGCAUUCUCCCCUUUGAAGCUCCGCCUGGGCGGCACUUUGCAAGAUAUGGUGAUAUACGAUACCGGUGACUCUCGCCAACCGUGCACCCCGUUUGUGAAGAACACGUCAGCGAUGUUUGGUUUCUCGCAAGGUUGCCUGCCGCUGCAUAGAUGGGAUGAGCUGAACGCAUUCUUCCAAAAAACUGGGCCAAAAGUUAUUUUUGGGCUGAAUGCUCUGACUGGACGGGUCCCAAUGCCUGAUGGUUCUUUAGGGGGUCCAUGGAAUUACACCAAUGCAGCUUCUUUUAUUCGCUACACCGUGAACAAAGGAUAUGAUAUACAUGGAUGGGAGCUUGGAAAUGAACUCAGUGGCAGUGGAGUUGGAGCUCGAAUUGAUGCAGACCAAUAUGCAGCAGACGUGAUCACCCUGAAACACAUUAUUGACAGCACCUACCAAAGCAACCCAUCAAAGCCUCUAGUAAUUGCACCAGGAGGCUUCUUUGAUGCAGCCUGGUUCACCGAACUCAUCAGCAAAACAAAGCCGAAUCAAAUGAAUGCGAUCACUCACCAUAUCUACAAUUUAGGCCCUGGGGUUGAUGAUCAUCUGGUUCAGAAAAUUCUUGAUCCUUCUUACCUCGAUGGUGAGGCGAGCACAUUCAGCAAUCUUCAGGGAAUACUGAAGUCUGCAGGUACAUCCACUGUGGCCUGGGUUGGCGAGGCUGGAGGGGCUUACAACAGUGGCCACCACCUUGUAACUGAUGCAUUUGUGUUCAGCUUCUGGUAUCUGGAUCAGCUUGGGAUGGCAUCAAAGUAUGACACAAAGACUUAUUGUAGACAGACCUUUGUUGGAGGGAACUAUGGCCUGCUCAACACAACUACAUUUGAACCAAAUCCUGACUAUUACAGUGCUUUACUGUGGCAUCGCCUCAUGGGUACCAAGGUCCUCUCGACGACAUUCAACGGCACAAACAAGAUCCGUGCUUAUGCACAUUGCGCGAAAAAUUCGGAAGGGAUCACUCUACUCCUGAUCAACCUUGAUGGCAACAACACAAACCACAUCUGCGUUACAAGCCAAGGCGCACAGACCCAGAGUGCAAGGAAGGAGAGCAGAAUGUCUUAUCAAAUUCCUGGGCUUGGCGAAGCGGCCGAGCUCACGAGACAAGAGUACCAUCUCACUCCCAAGGGCGGGAAUCUGCAGAGCCAACAAAUGUUGCUGAAUGGCAAUGUUCUGGCAACUGACGCCAAUGGGGACAUCCCAAAGCUGGAGCCUGUGCAGGUGGAGGGGACGCAGCCCAUAACCGUGGGUCCUUACUCCAUUGUGUUCGCUCACAUCCCCAGCUUCUAUGCUCCAGCCUGUAGUUAGAAUUUUCAUCUGAAUUUUUUUCCAGCCUUCUCCGUGUGAAUCAUAGAUUAGAUAAGUCCAGGUGAACGGCGAAGCUUGUUCACCUGUCCGUGAAGUAAGCUGCAAGGCUGAAAGGUUUGUGAUUUAUCAUUGUUUGAGAGAGAAGUGUUCAGAUAGUAUGUGAGCAAAAGGAAGGAAACUGGAAAUGAAA